GCCGCGCCCGCCCCGAGCGCUCCCCGCGCCGCCGCUCCGCCAGCCGGCCCGCCGCUGCUCGGCCCCGGCCGGGCGGGGACUUGGCAGGAACUCCGGGGAGAGAGCGAGAGUGCCUGCCCCCGCUCCGCUGUGGCUUUUGGGUGGAGAAGAAAGGUCUGGGCUCGGCCGAGGAGCAGCAGCCGCCGCCGCCGCCGGAUAGGAAGAGUCAGGAGGGAGAGAGAGACGGAGAGGCGGCUGGAGCCCCCCAAAGUGCCCCCCCAUCCCUGCACUGCAGGCUACAUUUCCAGCUUCAUGGGCAAAGUGUGGAAACAGCAGAUGUACCCCCAGUACACCACCUACUACUACCCCCAGUAUCUGCAGGCGAAGACUUCAAAGAGAAUUGUACAUUGGCAUCCCAGGGCAGAAAUUGGCUGUGUGCUUGGAAGCAUGAAAUCUCUCAAGCAGUCCAUUGUACCAGCCCACCCAAUGGCUCCUCCUAGUCCCAGCACCACCAGCAGUAAUAACAACAGUAGUAGCAGCAGCAACUCAGGAUGGGAUCAAUUAAGUAAAACAAACCUUUACAUCAGAGCACUGCCUCCAAACACCACUGAUCAGGACCUGGUAAAAUUAUGCCAACCGUAUGGGAAAAUUGUAUCCACAAAGGCUAUUUUGGAUAAGACAACAAACAAAUGCAAAGGUUACGGUUUUGUUGACUUUGACAGCCCAGCAGCUGCUCAGAAGGCAGUUUCUGCUUUAAAGGCUAGUGGAGUCCAAGCACAGAUGGCAAAGCAACAAGAACAAGAUCCGACUAACCUAUACAUUUCCAAUUUGCCACUUUCAAUGGACGAGCAGGAGCUUGAGAACAUGCUGAAGCCAUUUGGGCAGGUUAUCUCUACGAGGAUACUGCGGGACUCGAGUGGGACAAGCCGUGGAGUUGGCUUUGCAAGGAUGGAGUCAACAGAAAAAUGCGAAGCAGUGAUUGCUCAUUUUAAUGGAAAAUUUAUAAAGACACCAGCAGGAGUUUCUGUUCCUGCAGAACCUUUAUUGUGCAAGUUUGCUGAUGGAGGACAGAAAAAGAGACAGAAUCAGAAUAAAUAUAUACAGAACGGAAGAGCGUGGCACAGAGAAGGCGAGGUGAGACUUGCUGGAAUGACACUCACGUAUGAUCCAACCACAGCUGCUUUACAAAAUGGAUUUUAUCCGUCACCCUACAGUAUUACAGCAAACAGAAUGAUCACUCAGACAUCUAUUACGCCAUAUAUUGCUUCUCCGGUUUCCACAUACCAGGUUCAGAGUCCUUCUUGGAUGCAGCCUCAACCAUACAUAAUGCAGCACCCAGGUGCUGUACUGACUCCCUCCAUGGACCACACCAUGUCACUACAGCCUGCAUCGAUGAUAAGCCCUCUGACACAGCAGAUGAGUCAUCUUUCAUUAGGCAGUACUGGAACAUACAUGCCAGCCACAACAGCUAUGCAAGGAGCCUACAUACCCCAAUAUACACAUGUCCAGACAGCAGCGGUUCCUGUUGAGGAAGCCAGUGGUCAACAACAGGUUGCAGUAGAGACGUCCAGUGACCAUUCUCCGUAUACGUAUCAGCAAAAUAAGUAACUGUGAGAUGCCCAGUGUUGACCUGGCCUGGAGAAGGGUGCAAAGGCUGAAACAAUCAUGGAUUUUACUGAUCAAUUGUGCUUUAGGAAAUAUUGACAGUUUUGCACAGGUUCUUGAAAAUGUUAUUUAUAAUGAAAUCAACUAAAACUAUUUUUGCUAUAAGUUCUAUAAGGUGCAUAAGAAAAACCUUAAAUUCAUCUAGUAGCUGUUCCCAUGAACAGGUUUAUUUUAGUAAAAAAAAUUUUUAUCAAGUGUUAUGACGCAAAAAAAAAAAAUUCAAAUUUCUGGGUAUGCACAGAUGACCACGGAGACUUAUUCACGUGCAUGACAGAAUUUGUGUUUUGGUUUAUUUUUGUUUUGUUGGUUUCUUUUUUUUUUUCUUUUUUUUUUAAUUGUAUGAAAUGGGUUUUCUGAAGUUUAAAAUAGUAAAACAUCUAAGAUGAUGUUCUGUGCUUGCAGUGUGUGAGUGUUGCUUUAGUGCAGUGUUGCAGUUAUAGUGUCUGGUCUUUUAGCUUUCUGUUUUUCCUUUAAUGUAGUGUGAAGUGUCUUAUCCUUUUCUAUAAAUUCCAAUUUGCCUUAAAUCUUUCAAUGCUGUAGCUGUUUCAGUAAGUAGUCCAAACUAAUGGUGUAGAAUGCUUUGACCAAAUGAGCUGGUCUAUUAUGCCUUGUAAAACAGCAGCAUAGGGCUUCUAAAGGUAGUCAAUAAAAAUUGCUGAAAAUUUGGCUUUUUUAAUGUGUAGUAAGUGUUUUUAAUGAUUUUUCACAUAAUAUGUAAGGUAGUGAAAUGCAAGAGGGGAAAAAAUGUUUUGUGUGAAACACAUUUUCUGACUGGGGAAAUUUUAAUAGGAUAAAUUGUUUGUAAGGCCAUAUGCCAAUAGUUCCCUCUGGUAGUUUGAAUGAUUUAGGAACUCUGCUGUAUGAUGCAAUGUAAAAUCUUUUUUUGCCUUUUUUCAGAAACUAACUUGAUGUUCUAGUUUUAGCAUAGGGAGAAUUAGAGUAGGGACUUCGGGGUGGGGAUAUCACCGAAUGUUUUUGUCCUUCCUUUAUACUAAUGAUAGUGCUUUAGGAUGAGGAUUGUGCUGAGACUUAGCAAACAGAAAAGUUGCUAUUGCAGCAAAAUGGCAAAAGCUGAAGAACUCGUUUUCAAACACGCGCUGAGAUCUAAGUAGAAGCAUAAUUGAUUGGGUACUAGCUCUCUAUAGUAGGUAAAUAAAAAUAAAAAGACUUGGCACUUUUAAAAGGUAACUUUACCAAAGAACAAAGAGCCAGUAACCAAUAAUUCUGAUUUGUCUCAGCAUUACGUCUUCUGUACUCUUUAUUUUUGCCGGACCAGUUUGCGGUUAGGAGAAUGUGCCUUUUUUGUACAUUUGCAUUUAGGUUUUAUAAUUUUAAUUGAUGUAUGGACACAAAAGCAUGAAGGAAGACUUGGAUCCAAGCAGUGCCACACUUUACAUCAUCACUACAAGUGUUAAGUGUAAAGAAAACCAGUUUUGAAACUAUGAAAUUCCUGAUUCAUAAAUACAGUUAUUUGUACUUCACAUAUUAGAUAAUUCACUGCUACUAAAGCUCUUUAUUACAAUUGCAUAUGUUUUAAAUCGAAUGAUAAAUUAAGUUGUCUUCCAAAACUGUGUACUUCUCUGGUCAGCUGUAUAUGAUCAGUUAUCUACCUCAAAGUUUAUUUCCUUUUGUAUUGGGACAGGUUGCUGGCCCUCCCUGUUUCCACAGACCAAAUCAUCCUAGCUCGGGAGCUAGGGCUAAGCAGUUGUUUCUUUCGAGUAUUUUUUAGUUUUUAAAUUUUGUGUGAGUAUUGGAGUAUAGAUGUCGGUGACAUUUCAUAGUUUCAAAAGUAAAUUGCUGCUCUGAGAAGUGUAGAUUCUAGUGAAAUACAUAGUCAUAAGAGAUGUGUUUUUGUUUUUUCUUUUUUUAAAAAAGUUGUGGUAUUAUUGGUUCUAUGCUCCCUGGAAUAUUACUGCUUUGUCAAAGUCCAGACUUCCUGCAGCACCUUGCCUGUAUCUGGUGACUUUCCAAACCUGGAUCUCUCACUACUUGAUAUUUUUGCGUUAAUGACAACUGCAGUAUGAUAGCUGUGUUAGAGGGAGGGAAGAGCUGCUGCCAGAAAUGUCUGAACUAAGUGCCAUACUCAUUGUCUGGGUAAGAUUUGGGAAAUUUAACCUCUGUACAUAAAGAAAUAAUCAGUUACUUAAACAUCACAUAGUAGACAGCCAUUAAAUUAUAAAAAAAUUAAUUUAUGAAGAAAGACCUUUUGUACAGAUUGAAAAAAAAAAAAGAUUUUCAUAGAGAUAUCUAUAUGAUCAAGAGAGUUAAUUUUUUAUUUUUGUUUUACUAGUGCCACAAACUUGCCAGUGGUAACUUAUUUGUCCGGUUCAAGAUAACUCUGUAGUUUUGUUUCCUAGGACUUGUUGUUAAACGCCAAAAGACAUUUUUGAACUGUAAAUUUGAUUAGAUUGUUAGCUUUUUCUGUUUUAUUUCUUUGAAAACUUUUGAAUAAAAAAUAUCCAAAAAAAAAGAAAA